AGCUCAAAAGCUAGACUUUAGCCCAAUAUAGACUUUCUGCGGGCGUGAACUUAUAAAAGUGCGGUACAAAGUCCAGGUUGCACACUGUUUAACUGUACGAGAGACGAACGUGUAUCGCCAACCUUUCAAGGGUUAUUUCAAAACUUCUCGCAAUGAUGGACCUACAAGAUGACACCAGAGCAGAUGACAUUGCUGAAUUGAAGUUAAAGGCGAAAAAUGAGUAUAAGGCGAAAAAUGAGCAUAAGGUGGAAAAUGAGUAUAAGGCGGAAAGGGACAUCGACAGCCACCGUGUGGUGCCUGAAGAUGUGCGAGCGAAGCUGGACAUGAAAUUCGCCGUCCACAGACUGUUCACUUUGCCGAUGGGAAUGAUCAAGAAUUACUUCAAAUUCAGCAAGGAGCUCGUGAGCAGUGGCAUCUACAUCGCUGAAGACUACAAACACAUUUGCUGUCAAUUUUGUGAAUUUAAAGUUGACGUAACAGAUGUGGAUAGCAUCAAGGGAAACCCUCAUGAUAAAUGCACUGGAAGCAGCCAGAAAAACGACUUGCCUCUUCAGAGCGAGAGCGCAAUGCAAUUCCAAAUGCAGUAUGAGGCGUUCAGAUUGUGCUCACUCCUGAAGUACCCUGACUGGAAGGUGUCCCCUUACGAGUUGGCCAAGACCGGGCUUUUUAAGUCCGGGAUGGACAGUGAGGACAAAUGCACAUGCUACUACUGCCAAAUCGAGCUGUGCGAGUGGAGAGACGAUGACACCGCAUUGGGCGAGCACACCAGAUUCGCCAAGGAGCUGAAUAGGCCGUGCAGACUGCUUAGCGGAGCGGCCGACCGUGAGCGCGACAACAUCCCCAUUGGUAGGGAGAUAGAGCUGAGCCCCAACGUCCAGCACGACGGAAUUGGCACAAAGCACACCGGCGCAGCGACUUUCAAACCGGAGGAUGAGCAAUUGUCCAAAGAGGAAAUGAUGCAGCGCCUCCGCGAAUUCCUGAUGCUGUUGGAGUUGGUUGACGUGCUCAAUGAGAUGGAGGAAAAAGCACACAAACCCAAAACCCCACUGCAAGCGAUUUUCAUUGAGCUGCGAAAAGUGAAUGGCUUGAUUCGCCCCCGUCGAUUGUACGGAUUAAGAGUAGUUACGAAUGAUGGAGAUAGUUUGGUUUUUACGGGUUUUAAGAAAUACAAAUAAUUCUGUAAAAUCAAGGGUAACUUUUUAAUUUUUCUUCAUAUAUAGUUUGAAUUUAAAAAUUAGAAUCUUUGUUUGUGUAUAAUAUCUUGAAUGCCUAUGUAUUACUAUGUAUUGAAUAAACAAGAAUAACUAAUAAUUGCUUAUCUCUUUUCAUGGCUUACUCUCUUGCAGAGCUAAAAUAGAAAUGUAACUAUAUACUGAAUAAUAAAAAAUUAUACGACAA